UUUUUCUUUCUUUCUUUUUUUUUUAGUUUUUCUUUUCUUUUAUAGUUUUUUGUGUUUCGCUACACACCGUUUUCUCCAACCCAGCUCUCUCCAGAUCAGCGCAGGAAUGUGCGUUUCUAAGGCACCAUUACGCGCACAGGACGCGCGUCUCAAAGCAAAGACAGCAUGGAGGAGUUGGGAAACAGCUACUGUGUGACGAACAGAAACUACAAAAAUCUCCGAUGAAUGGACCUCAGGAUGUUAUCGGGUCAGGCUGCGCUCAACUACAGCUUCAAUCUGACUGAAGACCCGGAGCAGGUGGACACACCGACGGUCCCGGAGACGCUCUCUCCUACUGGCUUCGUUGUGCUGUCCGUGUUCCUGGGCUUCAUCAUGACUUUUGGCUUCCUCAACAACUUCAUUGUGCUUAUUCUGUUUUGCAAAUUCAAGAAGUUGCGAACGCCGGUGAACAUGUUGUUGCUGAACAUCAGUGUCAGUGACAUGCUGGUGUGUUUGUUCGGUACCACUCUCAGUUUUGCCUCCAGUAUUCGUGGACGGUGGCUGUUGGGACGCAGCGGCUGUAGCUGGUACGGCUUUAUCAACUCCUGCUUUGGUAUUGUGUCAUUAAUCUCCCUGGUGAUCCUUUCCUACGAUCGCUACAGCACUCUGACUGUGUACAACAAGCGUGGGCCAAGCUAUCGCAAGCCACUGCUGGCUGUUGGGGGGUCUUGGCUCUACUCAUUGUUUUGGACAGUGCCCCCCCUCCUGGGCUGGAGCAGUUAUGAUACAGAGGGAGCAGGAACAAGUUGCUCUGUGUCCUGGACCCUUAGGUCUGCACAGUCACACGCUUACAUCAUUUGCCUCUUUAUUUUCUGUCUGGGUCUCCCUGUCCUGGUGAUGAUCUACUGUUAUAGCAGGCUGCUUUUGGCAGUUAAACAGGUCGGUAAGAUCCGAAAGACUGCCGCCCGGAGGAGAGAGUACCACAUACUGUUCAUGGUUUUGACCACAGCUGCCUGCUACCUGCUGUGCUGGAUGCCAUAUGGUGUCGUGGCCAUGAUGGCAACAUUCGGCCCACCCAACAUCAUCAGUCCUGUUGCUAGUGUGGUGCCCUCCCUCCUGGCCAAAAGCAGCACCGUUAUCAACCCUCUCAUCUAUAUACUCAUGAACAAACAGUUCUACAGGUGUUUCCUGGUCCUGUUUCACUGUAAUCACUGGUCAGCAGAAAAUGGCAACACCUCCAUGCCCUCAAAGACCACAGUCAUCCAGCUUAACCGUAGAGUCUACAGCAACACAGUGGCUUGCACUGCCCAGAUCUCCAAUGCCACGCUGAACCAGUUCUCCAGCACCCCAGCCUCUAAACGCACCAACCCCCCAGAGGCCACCACCUGAGCCCCAGGGCUCUCCACAGAGUGGUCACUACACAAGUACUGCAUUAAUAAUGUGUCACACAGUCGGCCCAACAAGUGUAUCAAUGAACCUUUGGUGUGAACAUGUGUUUGUAUUGACUGUGUUCUUUUUAUGUGUGUAUUUUGUUUGAGUUUUGACAUCUCUUCUAUGAUAAGCACACCACAAAAAAUUCAGACUGUCUGUUUUAUGUGCAAUGUGGCCAAAGCCAAAAGCCAGUGGACACUGGAACAUUCUACCAAUAUGUGAUUUGUAAAAUGUCUUUGUAAUUUUCUGUUAUUACAGUCUCCACUCUUAUUUCCUCAAAAUAUUGCUCCCAUUCUACCAUAGGAGAAUUUUGGUCCAUUCCAAAGUGCUGGGAGGUAGGGUAUAUCCCACCUGGAGUUAACUACAUCCCACCUCAAAGCAUUCCAGAUGAUCCAUGUUGAACAUAAUCAACAAAUAUAGAGGACUGCAGAUCUAAGGUCCUAUUUGUUUUCUUACUGAAGAAGCAUUUUGAUUGUCAACAGUACAGUAUU